AUGACAAAGUGUAUGCGCAAUAGAAUCAGGUCUGAGUUUUUCGUUACUCGAGUACUCGAAUUGUUAUUAAAGUUUUGAAUUUGUACAACUACCUGCCCACUUUGUGAAUUAGUAUAGUGGAACGUUAAACUUCAAUUAUGUCUACAUCCGAUACCAUGAAAGCAUGGCAGCUAAAUUCGUUCGGGACUGAUAUUUCCUCCCAUCUUCAACUAAAUUCACAAACACCAAUGCCAGAAAUAACGAGACCCGACGAAUUAUUAAUCAAAGUUCAUGCGACUUCAAUCAACCCGAUAGAUUGUUUUAUGGUGAGGGGCUAUGGAUCAAAGGCCAUUCAGAUAUUGAGAGAGAAGGCAAAAGGUCGUUGGACACUCAGUGUUUUAUGCAAUCGAGGGGAGGAAUUUCCAAUAACUUUAGGUCGAGAUAUUGCAGGGACUGUUGAACGCAUAGGAAAAGAUGUGACCGAAUUUAAGGUGGGGGAUAAGGUUUACGGUUUUGUUGUUGUUACACAUAAAGGAAGUCAUGCUGAGUAUACUGUUGUCGAUAAGAAUUGGGUCCAUCUGAAACCAGAUUUCUUGAAAUUUUCUGAAGCCGCUUCGAUUACGUUUGGUGCACUGACAACAUGGAGCGUCAUAAGAAAUGCUGGAUUAACAGACUUGAAGGACAAAAACUUCCUUGUUUUGGGAGGCUCAGGUGGUGUCGGAACAGUGGCAAUACAGUAUUUAUCGAGUAUAGGAGCUAAAAUCACAACAACAUGUAGUGCGACAUCAUUGGCAACACUCCUGGAACUCGGAGCUGAUUUUGUCGUUGACUACAAGAGUGAUGAUGUAGAAAAAGAAGUGGAAUCGCAUGGACCGUAUGAUUGCAUUUUGGAUUUAUCUGGUGGCUUGGAAAAGAGUGCCAAUUUCAUCAAGUACGGCCGUCGCGGCUGUCAAUUUAUUUUGUUAAACUUUCACGGCAUACACAAUUUGGACAAUUACGGAUUAGUACUUGGAGGCCUUAAAACGGGAUGGGAUUUGGCUAGUUUGAAUGUCAACUCAAAAUUAAGGCACGGUGUAACGAUCAGAUGGGGUAUGUUCACUCCCCAUCUGGAUGGAUUCAAAGAAAUUGUCGAUCUUGUUCAGCAGAAAAAGAUAAAACCGAAUGUCGAGCAGGUCUAUAAAUUUUCCGAAAUGCAACAGGCAUAUGAAAGAGUUCAGAAGGGUCACUUAAGAGGAAAGAUUGUAGUUGAAAUUAUUGAGGAUAAGUAACUUGGCAAAGAAUUGCACUUAAAUCGUUUGUGUUUUUCAUGUGCAGUGUUAGGAUUAUUUGGAUUAAGUGAAAUUAUUUUGUUGUUGUUUUUUCAUGUUUAAAGAGGUUGCAAUAAAUACACUUGUCGUUCAAU